AUGUACAAUUCCUACCAAGAAGAAAGGUUACCGGCUCUUUUGUCCGUCAUCCGUGGUUUAAAUCAUAUCUUGGAUGACAAAAUGGAUGAAGCUGUCAAAAUUUUCAAUAAUGGUAAUACCUCCUUUCAUCUAAGCGGCCAGGCUGUUGUCUCUUUUAUUCAAGCUGUUUUAACCUUUGAGCCUUCUCGGUUUGGGGAAUCUCAAAAUAAAAUCGAUAUAGCCAUUAAAGCUCUUACAGAAGACAAGGAUUAUGCUUCCAAAAACAACCUUUAUCUCUGUACAUUUGAUCCUGGAAUCGAGUAUCGUGUAUCCAUUGGUCUCAUGCUCUUGUUGUCCGCCCUUAUAGGGUUUUGCUCAGAGUCCAUCGUAACAAGUGUAAAGUCAGUAUACAAGCUUCGUAAAGCCCAUGGUAUAUUUAACAAAAUAAACAAGCGUCAUUUUGAGUCCUUUACUAAGGCUUUUCAAAGCACAGAUGACAAGGAUAUCGAUACGGUGAAUGAGUAUGUACAGACGGGAACUCUUUUGUGUACGGGAUUGUUUACACUUUUGAUUUCUUUGCUUCCUCCAAAGAUGAUUACCAUUUUGAGCUUGCUAGGUUACAAGGGAGACCGGGACAUGGCUCUUAAUUAUAUGUGGAUGCCCGCACUCCAGAGACCUUCUGGAUUCUUUGCCGCAGUAGCAUUUGCAGCACUCAUUCAAUAUUACAGUGGUGCUGUGCAAUUGUGCAGUAUUUAUAGAGUUACACCGACCGAGCCUGAUGGAUGGCCCGUUCACCGUUGCUUUGAUAUUCUCUCCAAAAUUAGAGAAACUCACCCUGAGGGCCCAAUGUGGCCUUUGCAUGAAGCAAAGUUGCUUUCCAUGGUUAAGAAACAAACUGAAGCCAUUCAUGUUUUGAAUGACCUUAUGUCAAAGCCGCCGCCUAAACUUAUGCAAUUAGAAGUUUUAAUUGUAUUUGAGCACGCUCUGGAUUGUGCAUUUUCUCAUCGUUAUAACGAUGGUGCACGGAGUUUUAUGAAAUUAUCUAGCUUAAAUGAUUCUAGUGCAGGGUUAUACUCAUACUUUGCUGCCGCAUGCUUUUUGCAAGAUGUGCAAGCCAAUGCUAAUGUCGAGGCUUUAGUGAGCGCAUCUCAGCUACUUGAACCAUUGGGUAAGCUUUUAACUGAUAAGACUGCUCCUUUGGAUAUUUAUAUACGACGAAAAGUGAAGAAACUCUCCGAACGAAGAGCUAGUGUUGGCAAUGAAGGUGGAUUGGCAGAAUAUGUCGGCUUUUCUCCUUUGUAUGAACUCAUUUACGUUUGGAACGGGUUUCGACGGAUGAAUGUGGAAGAACUGUCUCAUUUUGAUGUGGAACGAGUCCAGCCUUGGCAAGAUGAAGGUGAUGAUGUUUGCCAAGCAUUAGUUAAAGCUACUUUAUGGAGAAAUUUAGGAAAACUGAAUGAAAGCAAGGUCCUUCUUCAAAAACUGUGUCAAGUUACAAAACCCACUGAAAGUUGGGCUAUCGCUUUUGCUCACUAUGAAAUGGCAGUCGUCCUUUUCGAAAUUGACUGUCUAUCUAAAAACUCUUUGAAGGAAUGUGAUAAUUUUUUGAAAGCUGCUCGUGAUUUUGGAGGUGACAAUGAAUUUGAAAGUCGGCUAACUAUUCGGGUUCAACUAGCAAGACAUGUUGUACGACAAUGCCUUCAAGAAGCCUAA